AGACAGGGAGCAAGGCACACGGCUUGCUUUGGGGAACGGCACAUCUUUAACCCCCGCAGGAAGGUUACAGCCUAAGGAAGGAGCCGCUUUGUCCAUCUUUGGCUCAUCCUCCAUGCGACUCCGUCUCCACGAUGGGAAGCUGAUCAAGGACAGGAGGUUCCACCUGCGCACGUACCCCAACUGCUUCGUGGCCAAGGAGCUGACGGACUGGCUGGUGGAGCACAAGGACGCGCCCGACCGCGAGACCGCCAUCCGCCUCAUGCAGAAGCUGAUGGACCACUACAUCAUCCACCACGCCCUGCCCUGUGUCCCUGCAGUCUGUGACGAGCACUCGGAUUACAAGGAUGCCAAGCUGCUCUACCGCUUCCGCAAGGACGACGGCACCUUCCCCCUCAGCAAGGACGUGAAGGUGUUCCUGCGGGGGCAGAGCCUCUAUGAGAAGCUGGUGAGCGUGGAGGAGUCAAUCCUGAAGGUGAGGGAGGAGAACUCGGUGAAGUACCAGAGGACUUUCCUGGGCUCUGAGAUGAUCGACUGGCUCAUUCAGGAGGGAGAGGUGGAGAACAGGCAGGAGGCAGUGGAGCUGGGCCGGGCCCUGCUGGAGCACGGGAUCAUUCAGCAUGUCUCCAACAGGCAUCACUUCUUUGACAGUGACAUCCUCUACCACUUCUGGAUCAAUUUCCGCCGCCGCCGGCGGCUGACGGAGCUGCUCAAUGAGAACUCUGCCCGUGCCCUCUCCGAGAGCCCCGACAGCCCCUUCUGCCUCCGAAAGCUCAACCCAGAGCCUGGCAACACCAGCUUCCUCUCUGUCCAGACCAGCAAGGAGAUCAAAGUUGUCUCAGCAGUCCGAAGGAGCAGCAUCACUUCCCUCUCUGGAAACUCCAACGCCUACUUCAGUGCUCCUCCUACCUUGGUAUUCCCUCCUGUGGCUGAGUGCAACCCCAAAUCAGUGUUAAAGAGACCCGUCACCACUGAGGAGCUGCUGUCCCCUGGGGCCCCCUAUGUCAAGAAAACACUGACUAUUGUGGGGGAUGCAGUGGGCUGGGGGUUUGUGGUUCGAGGAGGAAGACCUUGCCACAUCCAGGCAGUGGACCCAGGAGGACCUGCUGCUGCUGCAGGGAUGAAGGUGUGCCAGUUUGUGUUCUCAGUGAAUGGGGUCUACGUUCUGCACCUGGACUAUCAGACCAUCAGCAGCCUCAUCAUGACAGGACCAAGGACUCUGGUGAUGGAAGUCAUGGAAGCCAUUGAAUGAGCCAAGGAGUCUCUUGGCAGGGAUGGACUGUGGGGAGGGACCAAGCUCGACCGCUCACUGUGAUGUGUUACCCACGCAUUUUGAUGUAUUUUCAAAUAAAUACGUUCAAAUGGACAAA